AUGGCCAUUGCUGCAAAGACAGACCAUGUUGACGUCCUUAUCGUUGGAGCCGGACCAGCCGGACUCAUGAUGGCAACAUGGCUCGCCAAAUGCGGCAUCAAAACACGCAUCGUCGACAAGAGAGGAACAAAGAUCUUCAACGGCCAAGCAGAUGGUCUUCAAUGUCGAACUCUCGAGAUCUUUGACUCAUUCGGCUUUGCGCAUCGAGCUUGGAUUGAGUCUAACCAUAUGCUCGAAAUCUCUCUUUGGAACCCUGAUGACAAGGGAGUUCUUCGUCGGAGCUCAAGGAUUCCCGACACAGUUCCUGGUAUCAGUCGCUUCCAACAGGUUGUUCUUCACCAGGGUCGUAUUGAGAGAUUCUUCCUCGACGCUAUCAAUGACUUCAGCCAAGGCGAGAUCUCAGUCGAGCGAGGGGUCCUGCCAACGAGUCUUGAGAUUGACCCGAAAACUGUUGAAGACCCAGAUGCAUAUCCUAUUACCGUCAGCCUUCGACACCUGAGCGAAGAAGAAGCUCAGCCAAAGCAGACAUCAACAUCCGCCAACGGUACUACUGUACAAGACGGUCUGUUCCGUAGCAACCUUUCGCCAGAUGAUACCGCCGACAUGCUUAAAGCAGCGGAACUCAACGACAAAGCCGACACUGUUGAGGUAAUAAAGGCAAAGUACAUGCUCGGUGCAGACGGUGCUCAUUCAUGGGUCCGGAAGGAGCUCGGCUUCAAGCUUGAGGGCGAAUCAACAGAUUACAUCUGGGGAGUUCUUGACAUUGUGCCCAUCACUGAUUUCCCUGAUAUCCGACAGCGCUGUGCGAUUCACUCAGCGAGUUCGGGAAGUGUUAUGGUGAUUCCGAGAGAAAACAAGUUGGUCAGGCUGUAUAUCCAGCUUACGACAACGGCAAAGAUUGGAGAGCAAGAUUCAAGAGCUGAUCGGUCAUGGAUCACACCCGAUGUUAUUCUUGAAUCGGCUCAGAAGAUUCUCGCUCCUUAUAAGUUGACUUAUCGCAAGUUGGAUUGGUGGACCGCUUAUCAGAUCGGACAACGCGUCGGAUCUAACUUCUCGGCUUACGAUCGAGUCUUCCUCGCUGGUGAUGCUGUUCAUACUCACAGCCCCAAGGCAGGCCAGGGGAUGAAUGUCAGCAUGCAAGAUUCUUUCAACCUCGGUUGGAAAGUCGCCAACGUUGUCAAAGGACUUGCUAGCCGAUCAAUUCUCAAGACCUACGAGACUGAGAGAAAGGGUAUUGCUCAGGCUCUUAUCGACUUCGACCACAAGUUCUCUCGUCUCUUCUCAGGCCGCCCGGCCAAGGAUAUCAUGGACGAAGAGGGAAUCAGUAUGGAUGAGUUCCGUGAAGCUUUUGAGAAGGGCAACCUGUUCGCCAGUGGAAUUGCCGUGGACUAUGGUCAAAGCAACAUUGUCGCCAAGGCUACUGAUGAUGGCACUGGCCUGAAGGACAAAAUCGCCAUCAAGAGGCAGGGUUUGGCACCAGAGAUCAAGCUCGGCAUGCGUAUUCCCAGUGUUAAGGUUCUUAAUCAGUCUGACGCUAGACCCUGGCACCUGCAAGAACUUCUCCGAAGCAAUGGAGCAUGGAGACUCCUGGUCUUCCCCGGAGAUAUCGAUCUCGACAGCCAGAACAAGCGAAUGAAGUCACUGUGCGACAAGCUCUCAGAUGAAUCUUCAUUCCUCAAGCGCUUCACACCACCUUCGGCUCGAUACGAUUCCGUGAUUGAAGUUAUCACGGUACAUGCCUCGAAACGGCAAGACCACGAGAUCUUUGACUUUCCAGAGGCUCUGCGUCCGUAUCACGAGAUUGAUGGUUGGGAUUACAACAAGAUAUUUGUUGAUGACGAGUCUUAUCACGAGGGACAUGGCAAACUUUACGAGACGUUUGGAAUCAAGCCUGAUGAGGGCUGUGUGGUUAUCUUGAGGCCGGAUCAGUAUGUUUCACAUGUGGGAGAGCUUGAUGAUUAUGAUGCGCUUGAUGGGUUCUUUUCUAAGUUUAUGAUCAGGCAAAAGGCUGCAUGA